CGGAUGCGGGGAGGCGGGGUGCGGGUCUCGCUCGGUUUCCGGCGGAAGUAGGGGGUAGUCGGUAACGGACGAUGGAGAGCGGCAGACCGCCCGCCUUCGACCGGGCGCCGGGAGCGGGCCGCGGCCGAGGCUCCCGGGCCCAGGGGCACGGCGACGGCGCGCAGGAGAAUGGGCUGUGCGGCGGCGGCGGCGGCGGAGGCGGAGGCGGCGGGGCGGGGAGCGGGCCUGCUGCCCUCAGACUCACUCCAGCCUCGGGGACCGGGUCCGCGGCCCCCGCCCUCCUGCAGGGCAACGGCGUCCACGUCAAGAGCGGUAUCCAGCAGCAAGAGCCCCUGCGGCAGCCCAGGAGCAGCCCGCCCGCCGCGGACUUCACCGACAGCGCCAACCGUGGGCAAACGACCUUGGGAUCCCAUGACCAGUAUCUGUCGCACGGCACAAAUACCGCCCUAGUUAAACCACAGAGAGUGGAGGAAGUCACCAUCCAGUCAAAACUGUCAGCCAGUGCUCCAGAAUUCUACCCAACUGGCUUUGUGGCGGUCUCAUCGCACCCUGUGAUUGACAGUGUCUCUGCUGAUGUCAUGCCACUAUCCUCGCACUUUAAUGAGCACCCUGUGAUUGACAGUGUCUCUGCUGAUGUCAUGCCACUAUCCUCGCACUUUAAUGAGGUAGUGCCAGAUGAGUCCUACGUGGAUUUUGACGUAUUACCUGACCUCACACUAUCCGACUAUCUCCAAGAUUUCUUGAGUCUUUUGACCUCUCACCCUGGGAGCUUUGAACUGGAGAUUGUGCAUUUCACCGAAAUGAUGAACAGCUGUGUCAACACAGAUGAGGCACUACAAGAAGUGGUGGAGAUAAUCUACCAGCAGGCAACCACAGUGCCCAACUUCACAUACACGGGGGCUCGGCUGUGUAACUAUCUAUCACAGAAUCUAUCUGUUAACCUUAGAAAUCACAACUUCCGUGAACUUCUAUUAGAGAGGUGUCAGAAAGAAUUUGUGAAGAAAGACGAGGCAGCAGCCGGUGAUCAAGAGACCAGAAAAAAAUUUCAUUCAUUUGUACUGUUUUUGGGUGAGCUGUAUCUCAACCUGGAGGUCAAAGGUGUAAAUGGAUCAGUGGUACGGGCUAAUAUUCUGGUGAGUGGACUCCGCGAAUUGCUGACCACACUGCUCUCUCAACCUACCGAUGAUAACCUCAUCUGUGCUAUGAAAUUGCUGAAGCUGACAGGAUCAAUAUUGGAAGAUGCCUGGAAGAAGGACGGAAAAUCUGAUAUGGACGACAUAAUUCAGCAAGUUGAGAAUGUUAUUCUGGAUUCCCAAAGUAGUCGAGAUAUCAGGCACAUGCUAUUGAAGCUGGUGGAGUUGCGGUCUAGUAAUUGGGGUCGUGUUCACACGGCAGCUACAUAUAAUGAAGCUACACCUGAAAAUGAUCCCAACUAUUACAUGAAUGAGCCUGUAUUUUAUUCAGCAGAGGGUAUCCCUCUCACUCCAGCAGACCCAGGAGGAGGUACAGGAGCCUGAAGACACAUAUUCAACGUUUCAGGAACAACAUCUUCCCCUCCACCGUCAGAUUUCUGAAUGGACAAUAAACCCAUGAACACUACUUCACAAUUUUUAAAAACUUUUUCAUAUGUAUUUCUUAUCAUUUAUCGUUUUUAAAUUAUUAUGUAUCGCACUGUACUGCUGCCGUGAAACAACAAACUUCACGACAUAUGCCAGUGAUAUAAAACCCUAUUCUGAUUCUGACAUGACUUGCAAAUAAAGGAGAACAUCAAACCUGUUCUGUUGAGGAGUGUUGAGGAGUGCUGAGAACAGUCAGGAGAUACCAAGUACCAUCUACCAGUCUGCACCUGGGAUUACAUGCUUGCUAGACGCUGUGCAAAUGGCAGAACUAAGUGAUUCCACAGCUGUUGGAUCAGAUCAAAUCUGUGCGAUUCCUCUGUCACCUGUUUGUAAAAGGCAGUGAGCAAUAAGACAACUAAUGGGAGGAGGCAUCUUUGAGAGCAUCCCCAUACUUGAGAAUGAUGGGACUCAGCUGCAGACGUUCAGCCAGAGAUCUCAGCAUCCCACUAUCCAGUCUUCAGCCAAGUUGAUUCACGCUCUGUGUUAAGAACUGUUGGAUCCUGAUACUUCUGCAAUCCAAAGGUUCCGAAGUCAAGUCAAGAAUGAGGCAUAUAUCUUGCUGCUUAUGGCUGUUUUAUUAAAUGAAACCAGAGUGAAUUAGAAAGAGCUGAGUGAACAAAGAACAAAAGAAAAGCAGUUGUGGCCAUCUCAUCAACUAGCGAUAAUAAAGCUCCAAGGGAUUACAGAGAGGCCCUCUGUACGGGCUCAACCCUGGAUAUUGCAUCCUAGCUAUCUACAUGAUAUGCAAGCUGGUCAGUACCAUAUGCAGUCUCUCCCUCUCCGCAUAGUUGAUGAAUCCAAAGGAACAGUAGAGGCAGAUACAUUUUGGCACCAGCAGGGACACAGGAGUUGCCAGACAGCGUUCAACUUAAUGUAGGACUGCCUGAGGGACCCUGGCUCUGGAUUUUCCCUUGGGGUUUACUCCUGAAACCUUCCCCAUGAGUGGGUAUAGCGGAAGUUUGAGAUCAGUUUUCCUCCUUCUGGAUAAGCUGCCAACCACGGCUGAUGAGUCCCAUCUGCCGGAAGCGAAUGGUUUUAAGGUGCCAGUAAACCACCUUCGCCCCUUCUCUUGUCAGUUGAAAUGGUUCCACCAGGCUUACUAGUGAAACCACACUUAAAGGCUAGGAGCAGGACUUGGUUGUCAGAGGCUAUUUGAAACACAGGCCAUUGGGAGCGUUUACUAGGUAGUGAGAGCUUGUCAGAUUCACGUAGUGUGAUACCUGCUACAGAAAAGUAAGAAGUUCCUAGAAAAAUACAGAGUCAACUGCACUGUAAUUAGGGGAUAAUCGACUCCACUGCUUCUCUCCAUUUGAGGCCUUGAGCAAUUUUGAAGUUGAUGAGGAUGAGAAUGGAGUAUGGUCAGGUGUCUGGUGCUGUCUGCCUACGUUUGACCAGUCCUCCUCUCCCUCUUGAUAGCUACUGUCGGAGGAAGUGCAGGAAUCUUGGGGUCCACAUUACAAGGGUUGAUCAAAGGCUGUGGAUUCUUUUUGGGGGAAUUUGAGGUUUAUAUUGCACGUAUUCCUGGAUGCUCGUUACUUUGCUGGUUUUGAGCGGUUUGGUUGGAGCAAUCGAUGCAGACUGGAGUGCUUCAGCAGUGGGCUAGCGGCAUGGCACUAACCUGAGUACUACUGGACUCCUGCUUUGACGUUUGAUAUUGUAUGUUCACUCGUUUUUUGCUCUUUGCGCAAAAUGUUCUUAUUUUGCACGUUUGGUCUUUGAUGCUUUCUUUGAAUGGGUUCCAUGGUGUUUCUUUGUCUUGUGCUUGUCUGUGGGAGGACAAAACUGAGUUGUAUUCUGUAUACAUACUUUGAUAAUAAAAGUACUUUGAAUCUAUAAAUCUUUGAAAUUA